AUGUCGUCGUCGUCCGACAUUUCGAAUGCCGCUCACGCGGUGUCAGAGAGCUUGUCGGCCACAAUGAAGGCUUCUCCCGAAGCCCUGCCGUCCGCUUUCACGCGUGCGCAGGAGGUCGUCGCGGCUCAGGGAUCGUCCAGCUGGUUGGGGCUGUUUGGCCGAUUGAUCCUUGCCAUUCUGUCCUUGAUCUCUUCGAUCCUGUACUGGGCGAUUCGAAUCGUCACCAUUACAAUCCCCACUGUCCUUUUCACCAUGUUCUCGACAAGCUGGACUGUAACAAUGAACGCCACUACUCUUAUGGUAAUCAUGAUUGCCAUCAUAUCUGCUGUCAGUUGGGUCGUGCGCUAUCGCAUCCUCAACAUGUACUCUCGCCUUCCUCCCGAGCCACAGAGGAAAGAGCCUGACGUCGAUUUGUUCCCCGAAUCCCACGAUGAGGGCAAGAAAUCAGGCUUAUCAAGCUAUUUGGACGAGUUUCUCAGUGCCAUCAGAAUCUUUGGCUAUCUUGAGCGGCAGGUCUUCCACGAGCUGACUAGGAGCAUGCAAACUCGCAAGCUCAUCGCUGGCGAAACCUUCAACUUGGAAGAAGAGAAGGGUUUUUGUAUCGUCGUCGACGGUCUUGUGGAAAUCUUUGUCAAAUCUGGCCGAAAUGCUAGACCCAUGGACCCAGACCCUUGCGACAGCUUUGGCGGAGAUUCUGCCUAUCCAGGAGAAGACGACGAUGUCGCGUCAGCGCCACAGCAGAGGUAUCAACUGCUCACCGAGGUUCGCAAUGGAGCUCCAAUGUCGUCUCUGUUCUCCAUCAUGUCGCUGUUUACCGAAGACGUCAAACUUCGUUCAACAGAUGACGACACCCCAGAGCCCACCUCAGGCAGUGCUGGGCUGAGGACCUCACCGUUCCCGCGGACUGCAGGCUUCCGCCGCAUGCCUUCCGAUCCCGCCAGUCCAUUCCCAGCAACUCCCGAGUUUCCAGAGAUCCCGGAGGAAAGGACCGGAGUGAGGAUCGAUGAACCUCCGAAGGGGGCUACGACGCCUAACUUGCCUGGCAGUGCGAGAAUCCCACCCAUCUCGCUUGACAGCACAGGCAGUGUUCCUGGUAGUGCUCGUCAGCCGAAGCGCCCUCAGCUUCAGAGUCGAGCGACUUCUGGUUCAGCCCACCCAGACAUCAUUGCAAGAGCUACAGUGGACACCACUAUCGCCAUCAUCCCAGCUAGCGCAUUCCGCCGGCUCACCAAGGUCUACCCCAAGGCAACUUCCCACAUUGUCCAAGUCAUUCUUUCUCGUUUCCAGAGAGUCACGUUGGCAACGGCUUACAACUAUCUGGGGCUCACUGGUGAAGUCUUGCAGACAGAAAAGAACAUGCUCUCAUUCACCUCGUGCCAGUUGCCCAACAUGCUGAGAGGCGAUGCCUUGCAGCGACUGAAGGAGAAAUUUGACCGGGAAAGAGAGAGAGUCGGCGGCGAAUCGGAGAGCAAAGGUAUUGCACUGCAUAACGCCAACGCCCAUCGUCGGCGCAAGUCAACGUCAACGCUCCGUAAGGAUGCCAUGAUGCAUUCCAUGACUACCAAGGAGAGGUCAUUUUCCCAGGUCGCUACCACAAUAGGACCGCCAAGAGAGAGAGCCUCUACCCAAACCAGCCCUGGCGAUCUUCUGGCCAACAUCCAGUCUGCUCGGCAUGUAGGCCACCGGCCAACAGGUGCGAAUAGUGUUCAUCUCGAUCAAGUUGCCGAUGCUCUCCGUCAGGAGGGCACAAGCCCGCUUGCUCAGCGAGCCUUUAACCCGUUCACCACCGAGAGGCAGUCUCGAGCUUCCAUCGACGGCCGAGAGUCGCUGGAUGAAGACAAUCUAUUCCGUCAAUCAAUCCUUGAAUGCAUGUUCAAGGCAAUCGGUCUAAGCAGCAACGGAAGCCUGUCGCGCGAGGCCGAGUCCGUGGAAGGGUCUCCGCGGCUCUUCUCGUACGACCAGAGACGAACGAGACCUGGUCUUGGUAACAACGCUUUUGGUCUCAUGGGCCCGUUUGAUGCUUCUGGUGACGGCGAUACGGAGUCAUUGACAUCCGGAGGUCUCACAUUGAACACGCCGCCAAAUGCUCACAUCCUUGCAAGCGAUAUGAAGGAUGACGUGGAAAUUGUAUUCUUCCCCAAAGGUUCCGUGUUGGUUGAGGAAGGCGAGCGCAAUCCCGGCCUUUACUACGUUGUGGACGGCUUCCUCGACAUUUGCACUUCGAAAGAGGACACCUCGGCGGACAUUUUGCAGUCCUCGAGUAGGACAACACUGCACACUGGCCACAUGGGCAUGGAUGGGUCUCCUGCAUAUCCACCAGAUCACCUGGAUGCGAAGAAGAAGCAGCCCUAUCGUCGCAGUGUGUCACUCAUCAAGCCAGGGGGUCUUGCUGGGUACGUGGGCACAGUCUCGUCAUACAGAUCGUUUAUCGAUGUUGUGGCCAAGACGGACGUCUACGUAGGGUUCCUACCGCGUUCCGCUCUCGAGAGAAUCGUCGACCGUUAUCCCAUUGUCUUGCUUACAAUGGCAAAACGACUGACGAGCUUGCUUCCGCGUCUGAUCAUGCACAUUGACUUUGCCCUUGACUGGGAGCAAGUCGACGCUGGCCAAGUGCUGUUCCACGAAGGCGAAGAGAGCGAGGCGAUCCACAUUGUUCUCAACGGUCGGCUUCGUCUUGUGCAGGACAGAAAGGAUGGCGGUGUCAGCGUACGGGCUGAGUUCGGCCAGGGCGAGAGUGUGGGUGAGCUCGAAGUCUUGACGGAGUCUGUGAGGCCAGGCACGCUUCACGCUAUCCGCCAGACUGAGUUGGUCAAGUUCCCGCGCACACUAUUUAACAGUCUUGCCCAGGAGCAUCCGAAUAUCACGAUCAAGAUUUCCAAAAUCAUUGCGUCACGAAUGAGGAACUUUUUCGAUGACCCAUCGCAGCUGCUCUCCAAGGAGGCUGGCAACACCAACACGAUCACAAAAGGCUCCUCGUCGCUCAACCUGAGGACCGUCGCGAUCUUGCCGGUGACUUCUGGUGUUCCUGUGGUUGAGUUUGGCAACCGGUUGAUGAACGCUUUGGCUCAGGUUGGCCCUGCAAAUGGUGCCACUUUCCUGAAUCAAUCUGCCAUUCUCAACCAUCUUGGCAAGCAUGCUUUCAAUAAGAUGGGAAAGCUGAAGCUGUCCCAGUACUUGGCCGACCUGGAAGAAAAGUAUGGCCUCGUUGUUUACGUUGCAGAUACCAACGUCAAUUCCCCGUGGACUCAAACAUGCAUCACCCAAGCUGAUUGCAUCCUCCUCGUUGGUCUCGCUGAGGGCUCUCCAGAAAUUGGAGAAUACGAGCGUUUCAUGUUGGGGAUGAAGUCUACGGCGAGAAAGCUUCUCGUCCUUCUCCACUCUGAACGGUAUUCUCAGUCGGGAUUGACUCGAGCAUGGCUGAGGAAUCGUAUGUGGAUCAAUGGUGGGCACUACCAUGUGCAAAUGGCUCUUGGAGCAAACAUCAUGCCUGUACAUCCACCCUCAAAGCGAACGAGCACCUUGAAGGAGAGAGUUCAGAUCAUCCAGGCGGAGAUUCAGAAGUACACGUCGAGGAAGGUGCGGCACAGCCCUUUCUACUCUCCAGAUGCGCCAUACAAGGGCGAUUUCCAUCGUCUUGCGAGACGCCUCUGCGGCAAAUCCGUCGGACUCGUUCUGGGUGGCGGCGGAGCAAGAGGCAUCACCCAAAUCGGCAUCAUCCAGGCUAUGGAAGAGUCUGGUAUCCCCAUCGACGUCGUUGGCGGAACCUCCAUCGGAGCGUUCAUUGGCGCCCUCUAUGCUCGCCAUGCCGAUGUUGUUCCCAUCUUCGGCCUCGCUAAGAAGUUUUCGGGCCGUAUGGCCAGUAUGUGGCGUUUUGCUCUUGAUCUUACAUACCCGACUGCCUCUUACACCACCGGACAUGAAUUCAAUCGGGGCAUCUUCAAGACCUUUGGCAAAACUCAAAUUGAAGACUUUUGGCUCGAAUACUAUUGCAACACGACAAAUAUCAGCAAGAGUCGAGUCGAAUACCACACUAGUGGCUAUGCGUGGAGAUACAUCAGAGCGUCGAUGUCACUAGCUGGCUUGCUCCCACCACUCUGCGAUGAGGGGAGUAUGCUUUUGGACGGUGGCUACAUUGACAACCUGACCGUGUCGCACAUGAAGAGACUGGGUGUGGACACCAUCUUCUCGGUUGACGUUGGCUCACUUGACGACGACACUCCACAGGCGUAUGGUGAUUCGCUGUCGGGAGUGUGGGCAUUUUGGAAUAGGUGGAAUCCAUUCUCGGGCACCGCCAACCCUCCGACAUUGGCUGAGAUCCAGGCUAGACUGGCUUACGUGUCUAGCGUCGACGCCCUGGAACGGGCGAAGACGAUGCCAGGCUGCUUUUACAUGCGGCCUCCGAUUGAUGAUUAUGGCACGCUCGAUUUUGGCAAGUUUGACGAGCUUUAUCAGAUGGGAUACAAGUACGGGCAAGAGUUCUUGCAGAAACUCCGAGACGACGGGUCAUUACCCUUCAUGGAAGAAACAGAAGCAAAGAAGGCGAUGCGGAGGACUAUGGCACCCAGAAGAGCCAGCAUCUAG